ACAAGAGUACAAAAUAAACAAAAGGACUAAAAGAUCCCUAAUUAGAGAGAUCCAAAUAAACAUAUAUUAUUCUCCUAUAUAUAUAGAACGCAAAGCCAUUGAUCAUAUUUCUUCCGUUGCAAGCCAUGACUAAUCACAAGAAGAGAUUCCAUGACUUUCUUGAUGAACUCAAUACUAUUGAGUCACGCUCUCAGAAACUCGCCAAGAUUGUUGAGCGUUUGAAGAAGUUGGAUGAAGAGAAAAAAGAAGAUGAAGAUGCGCAGAAGAUCGGAGUUCCGCGAGACAACCAGGUUAAUUUCUUCUCCUUCACCUUCAAGUUAACCAAGUGGUCGUGGUCUAGUGGCUUUCACUUGAAGAGGAGUCGCUCUGUUGGUCUAGGCCAGGGAUCGAUUCCCCUCAAGCGCGAAAAAGUUGCACUACUUAAGGAUCUCCCACCACCGGCGAUAUCAUCCUCCUCUCUUCAACCACCGACGUCAUCUUCAACUCUCGCACCAUCGUCAUCAUCCUCCUCUCUUCAACCACCCGGAUCUUUGAUAGACUUCUUUCCGUCGUCAGUGUCAUACUCUCUUCAACCACCAUCGUCGUCAUCCUUCUUUCCGUCGUCACCAUCAUCCUCUUUUCAGCCACCCGAAUCAUCAUCAUCUAAGCGACCACGGCUUAGUAACAUCUUUUCGUCGCCUUUAUCCUCCUCUCCGUCACCGUUUCUGGCUCUUCCACCACCGACGGAAUCUUCGUCGAGGUUCUUCUAUCCGCCACCGCCAGAAUCUUUCGUGCCGCCACCAACAUACUCUUUCACGCCGCAGGCAUUCCCUGUUCCACCACCGACGGCCCCGUCCAGUUUCUUCUAUCAGCCACCGCCGCCUCAAUCCCGCCGCCGGAAUUAUCUGUUCCACCACCAACGGCCUCGUGGAGGUCAAACUUUCCGCGGGUCUCCUCGGGCCCACCUAUCUCUGGGCCACAACCUACUCGGGGCCCAUUACGUGGCCCAAUACCACCGAUUCAAGGAAGACUACAAGGUGCAGGCCCAAGACCCAGAAUCGUAUGGACAGAGGAACGUUACUCUUAAGAGAGUAAAACAUGCGAUGGGCAGGGAAGAUAUUAUUGUACAACAUAUCGGCAGUAGACUGCGGAUCUUUCCAGGCCUACAUGCUCUAUUGCCAAUCCCAAUCCCAAACCCUUACCCUAUCCCAAACCCAAACCCAGAUUUAGUGGCGUGGACAGAUAGGCUUCGAGGAGUGUUUGAUGACGCAGUUGCCAGACUUGAGCGAUGUUUCAAACUUGAUGGUGAUGACAACAAAAGAGUAGAAGACGGUGGUGAUGAUUCCGAUUCAGUGACGGCCGCUGCGGUGGUGAUUGUAAGUGGUGUUUAUUCCUAUUUAAACUAUUGGGUUCUUAACGAUGGUGGAGAUGGUAUUUACGACGAUAGUGAUGAUGAUUAUAUUAUCGGUGGUGGUGAAUUUGGGAAAAAAGAAGAAACUAAACCGAAAGCGAUCAACGAGCUAAUUGGUGAAGAAGAGCUCGACGGUGCGAUUCGUGGUCGUUUACAACCUUUGAGAGAGCGCCAGAGAUAUAUAACAGAGAACUUAGACUUGGGCUGA